AUGGAGUCUCACCCAACCGAAGGAGAUCCGACAAAGAAGAUGGAGGACGCGAAGUCCUUCUUGCUUCGACUUCGCGGGACGAGCCUGCAACAGGCUUGCACCGACUGUGCCCGCGAGCUCGACGAGGCCGCGGAUUUCGAGACAAAGUUUUUGGUCCUCGACACCUGGAUCCGCACUUUCGAUGGAGAGCCUUUGCCCGGAGGCUCUCUGCAUCCGGCUAAAGACGAUCCACCGAAGGCAUCAGAAAGUCACAUGGAAAAGGAAGGAAGGGAAGGAAAGGAAGCAAAGGAAGGAAAAGAAGGACUGGACGGAAAGGAGCGAAAGGAACGAAAGGAACGAAAGGAAGGAAAGGAACGAAAGGAAGGAAAGGAACGAACGGAAGGAAAGGAACGAAAGGAAGGAAAGGAACGAAAGGAAGGAGAGGAACGAAAGGAAGCAAAGGACACGAAGGAUAGUAAACAAGAGGGAGCAGAAGACGACCAGUUGGAAAAUGAGGCAUCGGAGGGUCCAAAGGAGACUCCGAAGGAGGUGCCUCGCUUCGCCAAAUACAAGCGGCUGAAGGAGGCGUUAGCUCUCUUUGCUGAACGGUUUGGCAAGGAUCCGUUUGCAUCAGUUGUGCCAGCAUGGCUGAAAGCGGCGGGUGAGCUAGCAGAUGAAAGCUCUCCGGCUGCUCUACUUCCUGCACCACCUCAGCCCAAGGUUGCAAGGCCUUGUCGCAUCCGACGUGAGCCAGUUUCAGAGGUCACAGAUGACAAAGUGUCUCCCAAAGCAGGAGAAACGUCUGAGGCCGUCGAGAUUCCGUCGGACAAGGUCGUGAAGCUCUCGGCCUCCACGGUGUAUUGCUUGCUUGCCAAUGCGGCCUUGCUAAAUGUGCGAGGCUUCGUUGAUUUGCAGAAGCUGUACCUGUCCUCGGCAAAGGCUGCGCCACAGAAAAUCUUGUGCCUUCUUGCCUAUUUCUAUGGUGGCUCGGAGGCGCAAGAUUCCCUUCGGACCAUGGUGGCUGUCGGUUGUGGUUCUUUCUCUAUUGCAAGUGCGUGUAAGUCAAGGCGGCAUGUGACCGCGAAGUCGUCUUCGAAAAAGCCAUAUCCUCCCGAGAAUCCAUUCGGAGAUAUCUUCCAGAUCCUACCAGUGCUGAUCCAAGAUUUCCAGUCUAUCAGUUGUAUGCAGUACGUGUAG